CUCCUUGGGUCUGUCCGAUUUGUCGCCUGAAUGAAACAUAAAAGCGACGCAGCCUCCAGCAGGGCAUUGGUUGAGGCGAUAAAACCGACCACAACCUUCCUCUACAUCGCUUCUGCUCCUCUUCAAGCAUUCCCAGUCAGGCCGAUCGCAGCGCUCCGUGUGCUGGACCUUGAGGCGCCAGCAUGGACCCUAGAAAAGUGAGCGAACUGAAGAGCUUCGUGCAGCUAUGCGAGUCCAAUCCAGGGAUCCUGCACCUUCCAGAGAUGGGCUUCUUCCGCACCUGGCUGCAGAGUAUGGGCGCUAAUAUCCCUCCGCUGGCUAAGAAACAGGAUUCAUGCCAGGGUGGCUGUCCAUGCGGUCCUUCUCCUUCAGCAGCGUCGCCUCCUGAGCCGGAGUCUCCAGUGGACCCUGAGAGCGAGGAGAGUGAAAUAGAAAUCGACAACGAGGGAGUGAUUGAGCCAGACACAGAUGAGCCGCAGGAGAUGGGAGAGUUUGAAAACGCGGAGAUUACAGAGGAGAUGAUGGACCAGGCCAAUGAAAAGAAGACUGAGGCUAUCAACGCUCUUGGAGAAGGUGAUCUUCAGAAAGCUUUGGAUCUUUUCACAGAAGCCAUCAAGCUGAACCCUCGUGUUGCCAUUCUUUAUGCCAAGAGGGCGAGUGUGUACAUUAAGAUGCAGAAACCCAACGCGGCCAUCAGAGACUGCAACAGAGCCAUCAGCAUCAACCCAGACUCUGCACAGCCCUACAAGUGGAGGGGCAAAGCACACAGGCUGCUUGGUCACUGGGAGGAGGCAGCCAAAGACCUGGCCAUGGCCUGUAAGCUGGACUACGACGAGGACGCCAGCGCGCUGCUAAAGGAAGUCCAGCCCAAGGCUAAUAAAAUUCUGGAGCACAGACGCAAAUAUGAGCGGAAGAGGGAAGAGAAGGAGAUUAAACAGAAACAGGAGCGCAUAAAGAAAGCCAGAGAGGAGCACGCACGAGCACAGAGGGAAGAGGAAACCCGACAGUUUGGAGGAGGAUUCUUCCCAGGAGCUGCUGGAUUCCCGGGGGGGGUCCCUGCUGGUAUGCCCGGUCUGGGUGAUUUCCUCUCAGAUCCCGAGGUUCUCAACGCCAUGAAGGACCCUGAGGUCAUGGCUGCAUUCCAGGAUGUUGCCCAGAACCCGGCCAACAUCUCCAAGUAUCAAAACAACCCCAAAAUCAUGGCUCUGGUCACCAAGCUGAGUUCCAAGUUCGGAGCCCCCCCGCAGCCGUAGGCGGGAAGGAGACCAGAACCGAGUGGUGGGAGGAUCCAGAGAGCGCCGCUUUUCAACAAUUGUUCACUGUGUUUAGUUCAGAGUGGGGGGGUGAUGUCAAACUGGUGCGAUGUCACAGAAAAAAAAAAAAAACCUGUUGAGCAACUUUUUUGCGAUGUUCUUACUCAGCCUGUUAGCACUUCACUGAACCAGUUAAUGAGGGGGGGUUCAGAUUCUUGGGCCACCUCUCAGACGGGACUUUUCUUAACCUCUGUCGCUGGAACGGCUGAUAUGAAGCCGCCUGCAUUAAGACUCUAGUGUUUCCUACAAACAUUUAAAUACAUUGUCCAGUUUUUGGUUUUGUUUUUUUCCCUCUGGUUUUCUCUGAACUCUGUCUUAGAUCACUCACACAGCUGUCGGUGUGCUUUAUCUGAUCUGUUGAAGCUAAAGAAAGUACUAAUGUUAAUGUUUUAACCUGCUG